AUAUCACAAUCAGAUAGGGCGCCAACAACUCUCUCUCUCUCUCUCUCUCUCUCUGGGAUAAGAAGAAACAAUGGCUACAGAGUCAGUGAGAGUGUACAGUUUUAGCUUCAAUGGAGGUUCUCAGACUCGGCCGGCCAUGUCUCCCUCCCCAGCUCGCUUUCUCGGUCUUCGCCAUCGACCCUCUUCUUCCCUCACUUCGUCUUCGCUUUCCCACUUCUUUGGGAAUGUUCGUAUCAGCUCCCACUCCUCAAGGCUCUCGAAUUUGCGCCAGCAGAGCCGAAGAAACCUCUCUGUUUUUGCCAUGGCCGCAGAGGAUGGAAAGCGUGCAGUAGCUUUAGAAGAUUAUCGCAACAUAGGAAUUAUGGCUCACAUAGAUGCAGGGAAGACGACUACAACUGAAAGAAUCUUGUUUUAUACUGGAAGAAACUAUAAAAUAGGGGAGGUACAUGAAGGAACAGCAACUAUGGACUGGAUGGAGCAGGAACAAGAAAGAGGCAUUACCAUAACUUCUGCUGCAACUACAACAUUUUGGGACAAUCACAGGAUUAACAUCAUCGACACUCCUGGCCACGUUGACUUCACCCUUGAAGUGGAGCGGGCUCUAAGGGUGCUUGAUGGUGCUAUAUGCUUGUUUGAUAGUGUUGCUGGUGUGGAACCUCAAUCUGAAACUGUGUGGAGGCAAGCUGAUAGAUAUGGAGUGCCCAGGAUUUGCUUUGUCAAUAAAAUGGAUCGUCUUGGAGCAAACUUCUUCCGAACAAGAGACAUGAUAGUGACAAAUUUGGGUGCCAAACCACUUGUACUUCAAAUUCCAGUUGGUGCAGAAGAUAAUUUUAAAGGAGUUAUUGAUCUUGUGAAGAUGAGAGCUAUACUUUGGUCUGGAGAAGAGUUGGGUGCUAAAUUUGUUUACGAGGAGAUUCCAUCUCAUCUUCUGGAGCUGGCUCAAGAAUACAGGGCUGAGAUGAUAGAAACCAUAGUUGAGUUGGAUGAUCAAGCAAUGGAGGGCUAUCUAGAAGGAGUUGAACCUGAUGAGGAAACCAUUAAGAAAUUAAUUAGGAAGGGAACCAUCGCAAUUAGUUUUGUGCCAGUAUUAUGUGGUUCGGCUUUUAAAAAUAAGGGGGUUCAACCAUUGCUUGAUGCAGUUGUGGAUUAUUUGCCUUCACCACUUGAUGUGCCACCAAUGAAGGGGACUGAUGCAGACAACCCUGAAAUCACGAUUGAAAGGGCUGCAAGUGAUGAGGAACCAUUUGCUGGGCUAGCAUUCAAGAUCAUGAGUGAUCCAUUUGUGGGAUCCCUUACAUUUGUGAGAAUCUAUGCAGGAAAGCUAACGGCUGGAUCCUAUGUUUUAAAUGCAAACAAGGGAAAGAAGGAGAGGAUUGGUAGACUUCUAGAAAUGCAUGCAAACAGUAGGGAGGAUGUAAAGGUAGCUUUAGCUGGUGAUAUCGUUGCACUUGCAGGCCUGAAGGAUACCAUUACCGGUGAAACAUUGAGUGACCCCGAUCAUCCUAUAGUGCUUGAACGAAUGGACUUCCCUGAUCCUGUAAUUAAGGUUGCCAUUGAACCCAAAACUAAAGCUGAUGUUGAUAAGAUGGGAGCUGGUUUGGUUAAGCUUGCUCAAGAAGACCCUUCUUUCCACUUCUCUCGGGAUGAAGAGAUCAACCAGACAGUGAUUGAAGGAAUGGGAGAAUUGCAUCUUGAGAUUAUUGUUGAUCGGCUCAAGAGAGAAUUCAAGGUUGAAGCAAAUGUUGGUGCACCCCAGGUAAACUACCGGGAAAGCAUUUCGAGAACCUCCGAAGUGAGGUAUGUGCACAAGAAACAAUCAGGUGGACAAGGUCAAUUUGCAGAUGUCACCGUACGGUUUGAACCAAUGGAGGCUGGCGGUGGAUAUGAGUUUAAGAGUGAAAUCAAGGGAGGUGCAGUGCCAAGAGAAUACAUUCCUGGGGUCAUGAAAGGAUUAGAGGAGUGUAUGAGCAACGGUGUGCUCGCAGGCUUUCCUGUUGUUGAUGUACGCGCUGUACUAGUUGAUGGUUCUUACCAUGAUGUCGACUCAAGUGUGUUAGCAUUUCAAUUGGCAGCAAGAGGAGCUUUCCGGGAGGGGAUAAAGAAAGCUGCCCCGAAAAUGCUUGAACCAAUAAUGAAAGUUGAAGUUGUUACACCAGAAGAACAUCUCGGAGAUGUGAUUGGUGAUCUUAACUCGAGGAGAGGACAGAUCAACAGCUUCAAUGACAAACCUGGUGGUCUCAAGGUGGUGGAUUCACUGGUUCCUCUUGCGGAGAUGUUUCAGUACGUGAGUACGCUGAGGGGCAUGACGAAAGGUCGUGCAUCGUAUACAAUGCAGUUAGCUAAGUUUGACGUUGUUCCUCAGCACAUUCAGAACCAGCUUGCUGCCAAGGAGGAAGAAGUUGCUGCUUGAUUUUGUUUCCAUGUAUGGUCAGAUCAGAGGGACCUUAUAAUUUAAAUCCCAACUCAUUAUUUGAGAAAAACCCUUUUUUUUUUUUUUUUUUUAUUGACUCUGCAUCAAAAAAUAUUGAAGUAUUGAUAUUUCCUUUUAAAAAAAGAAAAAAAAAAGGGACACCGCAUGUAAGCUCAACAAAA